UUUGUCAAUGCAAUGUAGUUUCUCCCAACCUUCAUGAUUUUACUGUAAUAGAGAUGUUUUACCACAAGGUGGCAUUAAUACCAACAUCCCCUCUCCUCCUGUCUCUUGGCUGUCUCAUAAAUGCACCGUGAUUAUAUGCUGCAGCACCAACCAGAAACCCCACAACCUAAUUACAGCAAUGACCUGAAAAAAAAAACCGAAAUGCUGUGACGAGUGAUGUGCAACUGGUUUGUUUUACAUUCCCAUUUUAUUUUUACAAAUAUACUCCCUGGAAAGGCUUCAUUACAGUACACAGUUGUUAGUUUAUGCAGUUUUAGUGCAGCGUGUGUCAGGUGAGGGGUCAAAGGUGUGUGUUGGGGGGGGCUCAGCUGGUCUUUGAAUUCCUCAGUGGAGAUGAAUUUCCACAUGGCUUGUUUCCUCGCUGGCUGUCUGAGGCCACCGAACCGCAGCCAGAUGAAGCCUAAUUUAAGGACCGGGAGCCUUCAAAAGAAGCAGUAAACUGUAAUUGUUUGUUGGCCAUUUCAAAAUGAGGUUACGGACUUAAAAGAGGGCAACAUUAACCAAAGCCUCUCAGAUCUUCGGGCUUUUGUGCACACUCCUGGAGAGAUUCCAUCUUUAUUUCCAUUAUCAAAGAUGUAUUAGUAAAGCGCCACAGUUAACAAAUUCACAUAACAACAAAGGCUCUAUCUAUCGGGAACACAACAAUAUAACUGAGGAUGUUAUUGCACCCAGACUGCUGAACUGACUCAAUAAAUAGGGAUGCUGUAUAACAAUAAUCAUGUGAACGUAUGUAUUCUAAUGCUGCAGAAACAAUGGUUCACCCUGCCUUCUCUUAAGUAUGGUGGCAAUCUUGGACCAAUGGUGGUUUGUUAAGAAAUAUAAAUUGUAUUCAAAUUUAGUGCACAGUUCCAAUUCCAAUGAGGACCCUUUUACAAAAUAUGAAAAAAUAUUUGGAUGCUUUUGUUUAGAAAUCUCCAGAUAAAAUAAGUUUGAACUGUAAAUCCCGUCUUAUGAUCGGUGUUUUAGUGCACGGUACACUCGUCACAUGCUCCUAUAUUGCACUGUCAGUUUGUAAAUCUGUAACUUGAGAAUACGUGUUAAUCAUUGAUUUCACUCUCAAACAAGCCCACACAGAACGCUAUCAAGGCAAAACAGCUGCAUCCUAUCAACAUUUUCCUGUUUCCCAUAUUGUCAGUGUUCACCCCCUUCUGCUGUGAUUACGCAACUUCCCCUCAAGACCGAUAAAGGUUUUUUCACAUCUUAAUGGGUGGCGUGUUGCAUCCGAGCUUCGUUUGACCAUCGAGGAUUCUCCAUGAAACCCACGAUAGUGAUGAAAGAGGCUAGGCUAGGCUGUUGAUUGCUACUCUUCACACAUUCAUAAACCACUUUACACCGUCCUGAGGUAAUGAGGAAAAGAAAAAGGACUUUGCUCCCCGGCGUUCCACGCCGCGCGCCCGUCCCCGUGAUGCUGAGGAAGUGUCACGGAUUCUCCCAGAAGACGGACGCUCAGCGAGCUCCUCCAGGAGAGAUACUGUGACGUGGUGGGUCACCAUGGACUGGAAGAGUAACCUGAGACGCUCCCAGUCGCUCAGCGCGGGCCCCUCGUUCUUCGACCGGCUCGCCCGCCCAGAGGCGGCUCCGCGGGACAAGAUCACGUCCGUGUCCCAGCUGGUUGCCAGGUAUCAAACUACAGAGAAAGAAGGCACCUCUACUCAAGACGCCUCUGUGAAUGAUGGUAACGCAAACCCCAAGCAGGUCCUUAAAGAGCCUGCUCCAUACCUUCCGGAGAGUAAAGAGACUCGUCUGGAGUCUCUGAUGAAGAGAAACGACAUGAGGGAACGGGACAAAAGCCGUCUGACCCGCAGUAAGUCCAUGGGGAGCCUUCGGAGCAGCGCUGGCUCCAUCGGGCCCCUGAAGGCUCUGUUUGAGGCGAAGGCGGCCACACAGAACAAGCUCAGGGAUGUGAGCCCCUCGUCACCAAACGGGGCGGCAGAUGCCACGCCAGCAGAGAAGGGGGAGGCCAAAGAGGGGAAGAGCUCCGCUGAGGUUGAAGCCGCCAAAACAUACGCAAAGGAUCACGUGACUCGACGGGCACAAUCAUUACAGGUGGCGAAACCGAGACGAGUGGAGAGGAGAAAAACAAUAGGGGGCAUUGAUUUUGAAACAAUCGCUGCCUCUCAAGCCGAGGAAAAGAGGAGGUCAAUUGCAGAUUUCAAAGACGGCUCCUUCAACCCAACCAAGGAGAAACUGUGUGUCUCGGUCAAAGCUAUGUCCGCUCUGUACCUGUCAAAGGUCGCCCCUCAGGACUCAACACGCAGCCUUCUGGGACCGGCACAAGUGCAGUCAGCUGAAUCCGGGAAAAGAAUCAAGGCAACGAAGAUGGCCGAAGAAUCCCAACCAAAGGAAGGUGACCUCCCUGCAACUCCUUCAUCCAGUCAGAAGCCAGGACCAGUAGACACCUCGGAAGCACAUACCCAACCGCCCGCGUCAUCCCAGCUUUCCAAACAAAGGCUGCACCAACAGCGGCAGAAAUGUGAGCUGAGAAGGCUGCUGAAGCACACCCACCCAGAGCUGAGGAUGUUAGAUGCAGCUGUGGACGAGGAGCUCGCUGAGGUUUUGAGCUGGGAGACCGGGGCGGCAGCUGCUGAAACUGGAUACGAGGGAGAGGUCCUUUCAAGAUGCUUGAUAUUUGAGAACUCUGCCCCGAGUAACAAAGUGUAUCCUUACGCCCCCAUGAUGCACAAGGUGGUGGGAAAAGUGGAAAGACGCGAUGUCAGUAAAACAUCAGCUGUUUUCGAGGAGCAGGAAGAGAGGCCACGUGAUGGCGGUGAUGAAGGGCUCGUGGAGGAUGACACAAGGCUCGGGUCUAGUCCAGAUCCUAAAAAAGAUGUUGCUGAGGACAUGGUAAGAAUAGAUGUUCAGGCCACCAAAAAAAUAUUUGAGAGUCAAUAUGUGGACAUGUCCACCCUAAGUCCAGAUAAUAAGUUCCAGGGAAAAGUUUCUAUUUCUGGGGAUGAGACAGGAGCAGUCCAAAAACAAACACAGGAGUUUGAAUUGUGUAACAUCUUUAACGAACAUAACAAAAACAAUGUGCGUUCCAAAUGUCUGGAUUUGACAAAUCCACCCAAUAAACCGGGCCCAUGUGUCCAUAUGGUUGGUCUAGACUGUGACCCCGAGGUUUCUAAUAGUGAAACAGUGUUUGAGAAUGAGCCUACAAGCCUUUUGGAUCCAGAAGAACUCGAGGAAAAAAUCAAAACAAGUGCAGCUCUUCUCCAGAACAACCCGUUUAUCCCAACAAACAUAGAAAGAGAGCAUCCUCUUAUGCAUACGUCCAAAUCACAAAGCCCAGCGGGAGACAGUGGGGCAGCUCAGGACUAUCCGAUAACUAAUGUCAAGGACAGAACCCACUUGUUUGAAUCAAUGCCAUUUGACAAAAUCGGACACCAGAGCAAGGACGACAUUGAGACGAUGGUGGAGAACAUCAAAGAAACACUUCAUACCCUGUACCAUGGCAAUUGCAUACAUUCCGAUGGCUCAAUCAUUGAGGUAUAUGAGACAAUGAUAGCUAAAAAGGCCAAAUUCACACUAUCACAGGGUGGGCCCGAGAUCGGAUAUGACGAGGUGGCUGAAGGUGGUGCACAAAACUUCAUGCUCCAGUUGCUUCCACGUGCAAACCUAAAGCCCCACAUCACGUACAUAAAGGAAGCUAGCGAAGGAAGCAUGGUGGCCACAGUAGUGAGUGUGCCCGUACACCGGCAUCACUCCACCGCCAACCAAGACACAGAGUUCAAAACAGCCAAUGUGGUUCAGCUCGUUGAGGACAUUCUCAAUCAAGAUAACUCUCUGCAGAAAGGAAUCGUCAUGCAGGAGGAUGGGGACAGGUGUCCCGAAGUCAUUGUUUACUCCCUCUACAAUUAUUUUGAUAAGGAAGAUGUGAAAACGUAUUGUCCUCCACACGGUGCAGAGUAUGAUGAACCAGAGCCCGAAAGAGAGGAAGUGAGAAACACAGAAAAUAAAGAACUAAGAAAGGGGCUCAUUAAAUCAACCAUAAGCUGCCUUCUAGAAACUCCCCAAGAUCAAACGUAUCAUGAAUCCAUACGGCCGGAAAUCACAGUAAAGGGGAAUGUAAAACUCUUUAAGGGUUGUAUUGAAAAAGGAGAUUUGGAGUAUUUGAAAGCUCUUCAGGCCGAGCCAACCGAACAAGAACAAGAACUCCCUCCAAACCAAACUGUUUCUGGUGAAGUAAUAGAGCUUCAUCAUGAACGGGGAGGUGAUCAAGCAGAGGAGAAUUCAGAGUGGGUCCCAGUGGAUAUCAAGAGGCUGAGAAACAUAUUCUCUGGAGAUCAAAGACCAACCCGACCAAAGCAAAAUGCAUGGGAAAGCCGUACCCAAUCUGCCGCAGACUGCAUUCACGGAGAAGUAAAGAAUAGCUUUGGACAGUGUGAUGGCAAAACACAAGAAGAAGCACCAAAGGGAUCGUAUGGUCUGGAGACACAGGACGAUGGCGGGGUACACCGGGCCGACCCUGGUGUGGUAGACGACAAGGACGACAUUUCAAACCUCCAAACUGCGACACUUGGCCUCCAGCAUGAAACAAUUGAGGCCAAAUCAGAUUUAAAACAAACGGAACCAACAUGGAAAAAACUCCCGUCAACCUCCGAUGUUACCUCAGAACAUAAAUCCGACAACCAACAUGAGAACACGGAGAGAGACACUAAUUCUGAAGAAAAAGGAACUACUGAGACACGGAGCAAAGUGGGUCAAAAAGGCGCAGAAGUGGUCCAUAAACAACCCAAAGCUGCUACGGCGUCUGUACACAGUCCAGAGACCCCUGCUGCACAGCAAGGGGACGAGGAGGUUGAUUUUCAGGGUAAACUUCAAGCAGCUUUGGAUUCCCUGGAGAAAUCCAACAUCAAUGUCAGCAGAGGAGAUUUCAGAGCAGCGAUGAUUUACAGAAACACGUCCAGACCUCAGAAAGAAAGAUCAGAAAAUGUGGGUGCAGCGUCUGUGGAAAAGCCUCCUCAGGAGGAGGUUUGCCGUGCGACAGAACCUAAAUCAAGUCAAGCACCGUUGAGACAACAGUUCUCGGGGGAACAAGUGUCCGCGGCCAACGCGCAGCCCCCAAGACAAAGUGAAAAGCUAAAUAGACCGGCUGCAAGUGCCGUCGCUGACGAAAGCAGACGCCCCGUUGGUCCAAAGCCUGCCGUCCCACCAAAGCCGGAGCACUUGAAAGCAAAGCAAAGAGACGCUCGACCAGCCAACGCGAAGAAUCCAGAGGAAACCCGAACUAAUCCCGUGAGACCCGAGGACACGGUUCCUCAUCCACUGGCGAUGACAUCCGCGUCGCAUCGAGACGAAGAUAAGCCAAGCUUGUUCAAAACGAACGCUGGUGCAGACUCGGGGCCCUUGUUGGCGGAUCAUCAAAGAAACAGACUUUUUGACGAAGCUAUGCAUAAAUCUGAGGAAAUUGAAGCCUGUGGUUCAGUUGUUAUCUUAGUGAGUGAUAAUGAUAAUCAGAACAUUGAGCUACAGCAGGAGAUAAAUGUUAAAGCAGAAGAGAAAAGCCCCCAGGACUUCCCGCCAAAAGAAGACACAAAUGAAACAGAUGAAAGCCAUGUCGAUUUUAAUGCAGCAUGUAAGAAAUUUGGAGGUAAAAUGGAAUUGUCAGCAAAGAUUGCUCCUGUAAAGCACAAAAGAGUUCAAAUUGCUCAGCUUGACAACACAACCCCCCAAAAUACCCCUGGGAACAACUCAUUUCUUGCAUAUGUGGGUGAGGAACCUCGACACACUCUGAGUGGUCCAUCCGGCAAUGACCCCAAAACCUUUAGACAACCCUCUGACAGCAAAGAAGGAAAGAAAAUGAUGCAAGUAAGCAAAGUUGAAAUGAGGGAAAAGAAAGUGAGAAGGGAGACGGAGGACGAACGCCGCCAGCGGCUGUCUGUUCACAUGGACGAAAUCAUGCGAGGGAACGCCACCGCCGCCAUGGAAAUUGUCGACAACCUGCGGAAGCAGGAGGAGCUGCACAGCCUCCUCAGUCGGGUGGAAGAAAUCGAACGGGACACCAGCGACGUGGACGUCAGGUCUCUGAGGGGAGUCUUUGAGAACGUUCCCGACUGGGUUGUCAACAGCAACAACAACGACCCAACAAAGGCAGACGUGGAGGAGCAAGGAGGGCGGGGGCCAUUGGAGAAACACAGUCCCGAAAGCAGGUCUUCAAUGGCGCAUGUUUUUGGAGAUCUCGAGCGAGCCAGUGAGGAAGUCAUGACUCUAAAAAAACAGACUUUAGCCAGGCUGGCGGACGUAGAGGAAGCGAUAAGGAAGGCUCUUUAUUCGGUGUCCACCUUGAAAUCGGACUCGGAUAUCGCCGGCUUGUCGUGCCUGUUCAAGGAGUCUCUAAGCGACCAGCGAGGAGGCCCGCCCACCGGCAGCCUCGGCAAAAUCAGCAUCGGGUCGAGCAGAGUAAAACCCCCGCGGACGCGCGGGAGCGCCGCGGCGCCCGUUAGCCCGGCGGCAAAGCAACGAGCAAGCCCCCCAUCGUCCCCCGCCUUCAUCUCCAUCCAGUCGGCUGCCAGGAAGGCCGACAAGUCAGAGCCGCUCCCGCCGGAGACCCCGAUCGGCCCGAAAGCAGAGGAGAAAUUUCGGACGACUAAAACCCUGACGUGCAACAGUCCUGCUCAAAACAGAAGAAGGGAGGAGCCCCCUAAAGGAGAUCAAAUGAAAUGCCUUUCCGCCCCCAAAAGAGAGCUCAGCGUACUCGAGGUGUGGACCGACCGCGAGGGAAACAGUAUUUUGGGCACCAAAACCGUCCCAGAGGACUACGAGAGGAAUGGUCAUUUGGAAAAGGGGUUUUAUUCUUCCAAAACUUCCAAUUUUGUGGCCGGUCGACCGGAGGAUCCAACGUCGGCGGGUCAGGCAGCGGUCGGUCCAGUUUGUCACCAGAUCACCGAGCUGCCAAUCAAUCAGACACCUUGAACCACUGUGAGCAAAGGGUUCUCAUACGUUGUCCGACAAAGUUGUUAUGUACAUAAUUUACUUUGCAAAUGUAUAAGGUUUGUUAUGAUCGCCUGUUCAUUUCUUCUUACUUUUGAGGGUUUAUUUGUUGUUUAGGUUCUUUAAAACUGUUUUGUGUUUUUGAAUUUCAUUCUGCAUCACUGUUUGUUGAUGCUUAUUAUACUGUUUCUGAUUUUAACCAAGCAUGGUCUCAUUUCUGUGU